AGCGGACUUCCACGAUUGCGCCACCAAAAAUUACUUUUUUGUAAAUAUAUUCCACUUUUAGCCGCUUACUGUUUUCAGUCCCUUGUGCUAGGUGGUAAGCCAUGUACUUCCUUAGACUUCCUUCGCAAGAUCUUCUCCACUUUAUUCUGUCUCAUUGGACGUCGUUGCUUUGGGGUGCCGUGGUCUUGGUUGUUAUCAAGAUCAUAUGGUGGUAUGGACAAAAGACUGAGCGAGCGAUUCGAAACACCUUUCCCCAUCUGCGUGGUCCAAAGCCCGUCCCUUUCCUUGGAUUCUUGCCCGAGUUCGCAAAACACAGUAACGGAAUACAUUUGCUCUUAGACAAGUAUUACAAGCUAUAUGGACGCGUCUUCACUAUGGCUUUUGCUAGGGGCAAACCUGCACUUGUUGUGUGUGAUCCUAAGAUGCUUAGGGAGAUUUUCGUGAAAAACUUUGACUGUUUCUAUGAUAGACCGGUAUGUAAGGGAGUAUAAGGGACUUUAAUGGGUUCCCUUUGAGUUACCAGAGCCUCUUGAUAGUUUCCUGAGCAUUGUAAGGGGGGAGCGCUGGAAGCGUAUCCGCAACACCCUGUCACCUACAUUCACUGCACACAACAUGAAGAGCAUGGUGCCACUGAUCAAUGUGCCCUGUGACACCUUGAUGAAGAAGAUAGAGAAAGCAGCCGAGACAGGAGAGACAUUUGAUAUUGUUAAGUAUCAGCAGGCAGUUACUGUGGAAAUCAUCCUGUCUAUCGUAUUUGGGAUUCAGUCUGACUGUCAGAUGAACCCUGAUGACCCGCUGAUGGCACGAGCUCUUGACGCAAUGCAACCGACCCCCUUUAAACAGCUCUUGUUUAAUGUCAUCCUGCCAAUCUUGCCUCUUGGAAGCUACUUCACCCAGUCGGAGAUGGGCGCCAAGUACAUCUUUUCAUCUAUGUAUGACCUGGCAAGUUUCACAAGGAGUGUUAUCAAUGAGAGAAAGGAGUUGAAAACAUCCAGAAAGGACUUGUUGGAUCUAAUGUUAAAAGCUGCAGAUCCCUCUAACAAGAGUGACAAAAGACUGACUGAGGAUGAGGUGGUAUCUCAGUGCAUUAUAUUUUUCCUGGGCGGCUACGAGACCACAAGCACCACCCUGGCUCUGACCUGUCAUAACAUUGCCACUCACCCUGAUGUCCAGCUUAAGCUCCAGCAAGAAAUAGACAGUGUUUGGACAGACGAGGACCAGAUGCCGUCAUACGACACGGUGCACAAACUGCCAUACCUGGACAUGGUCAUCUCUGAGACCCUGAGAAUGUACCCACCAGGAACACUUUUGACCCGCACCUGCAUGAAAGAGUGCACCAUUCAAGGCAUACGAAUCCCGAAAGGCUGCGACAUCUUCGUGACGUCAUACAGCAUGCAAAGAGACCCGCGAAACUACCCCGACCCAGAGAAAUUUGACCCCGAACGAUUCAGUCCCGAAGCCAAGCAAGCCCGCGACCCUUACACAUUUUUACCAUUUGGCCACGGACCCAGGGACUGCAUUGGCAAGAGAUUUGCAUUCAUGGAAAUGAAACUAGUAUUGUCGAGGAUUUUAAGGCGGUAUGAUAUCAAGACCACGCCAGAGACAGAGAUACCCCCAAAUGUUGGCGUCAAAAAUACUCUGUCCGUAAUUGGUGGCGUGAAAGUUGCAGUUUCGCCAAGAGUAAAGAACGGUUAAAGUUGGAGGGGAUGGUAGGGGUGGAGAAAAAUGUUUAUUGUGCCAGGGAUAAUUGUUCCCUUUUUUUAACGAUUUUACCUGCCGGUGCUCGUGCCACGCGGGUACUGGGACUGGAGUCGUUUUGCAAGCGAGAGCUCGAGUUUAUUGAACACAGGCUACCCAGCCGCCUCAAUGAGGAAUUUCUAAGGAAUUACAAAUUCACGCAAAUAAAGAUCUAAGAGUUAUAUCUUCAUGCUCUAAUUCACGAAAUAAACUUUGUUUGGAUGUAAA